AUGUCAAAGUACACAUUGAUAACCUUAUUUCUCCAGUCAAUGAUCAUUGCAUUAGAUUGCUGAAUGAAAAUCAUGUGAAUGAACUGGUUGAGUCAUUUACGAAAAACUUCAAGCCUUAUACUACAUUGGUUGGACUUGUAAAUGAGGAUUUUACAACUGAUGACCUUGCAACACCAGGAAAAAAACAUAUAGAGGUUCUUGGUGGAAACCACACAAGAGCGGCAUUACAGAAAAUUUUAAAUUCUGGUGAAUGCACUCUUAAAGAACAAUAUGAGUUUGUUUAUAUGGAUAUAUACCAAAACUUGACAAAAGAUCAGGCUCUGUUUCUUGCAUACAAACAUAAUGAGCUCCAUGAACACUCUCAGGAGUUGAGCUUUGCAGAGAAAGUCUGUUUUUUUCAUAGACUGUUUCUAAAUUGUCAGAGGAAUUAUGCUGGACAACCCCAUAAAACUAUAUCAACUAAAUGGAGAUCCGACAUUGCAGCAAUUAUGAACAAAUCUAAAACAGAUCUCAAAAACUCUUAUAAAGUCCAUCUUAACUUAGCAGCCAGCGAAAAUGACAUUUGGGAACUCAUUAAAGAUGUCUUCAACGCUUUUGAAAAUGGUUGCAUUAAAGGCCAAAAAAGAGCUGAGCAGUGUUCUCAGUAUUGUUUUUGGCAUUUUUCUAAAGUCAAAAACAAUGAAUUGAAAAUCUCCUUGCUUACCAGAUUUAAAAAUGGAGAAAUGAUGCCGGAGGAAUUUCGAAGUGCUUGUCAGAGAUGUGAAAGAGAGAAUGAUCAGAGCAAACCAAGUAAACAUGAACCCCUCACUAACCGAAGGCAAAUGCUACCUAAGAAAAGAAAAGCUGCUGAUGUCGUGACAGAAAACCAGGACGAAUGCACACAGUCAAAGAAAAAAAGUGAGAAGGAAACUGGAGUUCAGACAGAAAAUGAAAAUUUACUCUAUGAGAAAGAAGAGGAAAUAAAAAGACUUCAACAGCAAAUAACACUAUUGUCAGAAAAGCUGAAACAUGCUGAACAGUCUGUUGAACAACAGAAAAAUUUUCUAAAAGAAAAGGAUAGCAAGAUUAUUGCCCUGAAGAAGAGUUUACUCGCUAUAUUAACUAAAGCUGAGGAGCAAAAAGUAACAGAGGCCAAUUUGAAUAAGACGGUAACUGAAUUGCAAGAAAAAUUAAAAGAUGAAAUCCAAAAUAAACUGCAUGCUGAGGAUGCAGCUGCACGUGCCAGACAGAAUCUUCAAUUGACAUCUAGUGGUCAUCAAAAAUGUUUAGAGAAAAAUAAGGGUGCUAUUUUUGAAGAACGCCCCCAAGAAUGCUCAACUAGUGAAAAAAAGAUAAACAAAGGUACCAAGGACAACCAAGAUUCAGAAGUAGUUCUUGUUGAGUACACAAAAGGGAAAAUCUAUUAUGCAUUAAGGAAUAGAACCAUCCUGACAUACUGCCACAAACAUGUCGGAGUAAUUCAAGAUGAUCAAUUUUUGCAUCGGCCACAAAAGCUAUCCUUCAAAAUAAAUGAGAAGGACCAACAAACUUUUGAAGAAGAGUUUAUAAUUUUAUCAAUGAAGGGAGAUGUUGAAGAAAAAAUGAUCAAAAUUGACAAGCUUUCAGCAUCUAUUGAUGAGCAAUUGAUGGCAGUAAACAACUACAUCAAGGAAAAAUAA